UUGCAGGAAUUGGAAUGAAACGGAUCCUUGUUCGUUCGGAAUGAAAUAUGAUAUAAUGGGAUUUAGGGGACAGGUAAAGCCAGCGGAGCGGUGAGGUGAAUUCAUUCACCUGACGUUCAACGCAUGCCACCGGUUCCUUGUCUUUGAGUUUUCCAAUUCAAACGCAACGAAACGCAACUACCAUUCCAUUCCAUUCCAUUCGUCUUCUUCAAUUUAACUAACUGAUGGCGGAAGAGGUUGAUCGGCCAGUGGUGGAGGCCGCCGCAACUUCAACUGCCCCUGACCUGCUGAAGAACACGCCUUCCAACAUUGCCAGAUUAGAAGACGUCAUCGAACAUUCUAAAGCCAGGCACAAGUAUCUUGCUCACACCUCUAGCCCCUCCGAUGGCGGAGAUGUUCGUUGGUUCUUCUGUAAGAUCCCUUUGGCCCUCACUGAGUUGGCAGCUUCCGUCCCGACCACUGAGAUAGUGGGGAAGAGUGACUAUUUUCGUUUUGGCAUGAGAGAUUCUCUCGCUAUUGAAGCAUCUUUCUUGCAGAGAGAGGAAGAUUUACUUUCCAGUUGGUGGAGGGAAUAUGCUGAAUGCAGUGAAGGCCCAAAAGUACGACAGUAUUCCCAUACUCUAUCAUCUCAACUCUAUGAAAUUGAAGAAGAGAGGGUUGGUGUCCCCGUCAAGGGAGGACUUUACGAGGUAGAUUUGACGAGGAGACAUUGUUUCCCUGUUUAUUGGAAUGGAGAAAAUCGACGUGUUCUGAGAGGCCAUUGGUUUGCUCGUAAAGGAGGCCUCGAUUGGCUGCCACUUCGUGAAGAUGUUGCUGAACAACUAGAGAUUGCAUAUCGUAGUCAGGUUUGGCACCGGAGAACAUUUCAACCUUCAGGACUUUUUGCUGCUCGGGUUGAUUUGCAAGGCUCCACCCCGGGCCUCUACGCCCUUUUCACAGGAGAAGAUGACACCUGGGAAGCCUGGCUAAAUGUUGAUGCUUCUGGCUUCCCUAGUUUUGUUAGUCUUUCUGGUAACGGAAUCAAGCUAAGGCGUGGUUACUCCCCAUCAAAUUCACCAAAACCAACCCAGGAUGAAUUAAGGCAGCAGAAGGAGGAGGAGAUGGAUGAUUACUGUUCACAGGUCCCUGUUCAACACUUGGUAUUUAUGGUUCAUGGGAUUGGUCAAAGAUUGGAAAAAUCUAAUUUGGUUGAUGAUGUGGGCAAUUUCCGGCAUAUUACAGCAAGUCUUGCAGAGCAACAUCUUACUCCAUACCAACGUGGCACUCAAAGGGUCCUCUUUAUCCCAUGCCAGUGGAGGAAAGGUUUGAAGCUGAGCGGUGAAACAGCGGUUGAGAAAAUAACUUUGGAUGGAGUGCGGGGAUUGCGUACUACGCUGAGUGCAACUGUCCAUGAUGUGUUAUACUACAUGAGCCCAAUUUAUUGUCAAGACAUAAUUGACUCGGUAUCCAACCAACUUAAUCGACUAUAUUCAAGGUUUCUUAAAAGGAAUCCUGGAUAUGAUGGGAAGGUUUCAUUAUAUGGCCAUUCUCUCGGAAGUGUCCUCUCAUAUGAUAUCCUCUGCCAUCAGGAUCAUCUGUUGUCCCCAUUUCCAACGGAGUGGAUGUAUAAGGAACAUGGUGAAAAUAUCGAAUCAGUCCCCAAUAAAAGAAAUAAUUGUAUUCAGCACUCAUCAAUCAAUCAGGAUGACACAUUUGCCAUGGUGAUCCCCUCUGAUGAAAAGAAGAGUACACAGCAGACUUCCUCAGAAAUGGUGGCAGAAUAUUCUGAGGAGUCCUCAGUUUCGGGUCCUGCGUUAUCAAGUGUACACAAAUUUACUGCAGAACCUAACUCGGUGAGACCAAGUAAUGAGGGGGAUGUUUCUGAGUCCCUUCCUGAUACUAGUGAUGUGCUUUUUAAGAAAGUUGAUGCAUUGGAUAUGCCUGAGAGAAUGAAUGUUGAGCUACCAGGUGGCAGCGAAGAAUUUAAAGAUAUAAGCAACAAAGAUGAAGUAAUCAACAAGCUCAAGGAAGAGAUUGAUUCAUUGAAAGCCAAUCUAGCUGCACUGGAAUCACGUUGUGAUGGUGGUCACGACAAAGAAGAGUUACAUUCAGCAGUACAUCAGUUAUCUAAAAGGUUACCUCCUGUACAAGAUGCAACCAUGACUUAUACUCCAUAUAUCAAGUACACAAAGCUCCAAUUCAAGGUUGAUACAUACUUUGCUGUUGGAUCCCCUCUUGGUGUGUUUCUUGCACUUCGUAAUGUCCGACUCGGCACUGGCAGAGGCCAAGAAUAUUGGGAGCAGGAAAAUAUAAGUGAAGAGAUGCCAGCUUGUCGGCAGAUGUUCAACAUUUUUCACCCCUUUGAUCCAGUAGCAUACAGGAUAGAGCCCCUGGUCUGCAAAGAAUACAUCAGCAAACGUCCUGUUUUGAUUCCAUAUCAUAGAGGAGGAAAAAGGUUGCAUAUUGGAUUUCAGGAAUUUACUGAAGAUCUAGCCGUUCGUACUCAUGCAGUAAAGAAUUAUAUGAAAUCUGCCAGGGAUAAGGUACUCACCGUUUGUCAAUCAAGAAAUAUGGAGAACAUAGAAGGAGAGAGUUCUGAAGAGGAGGAAGAGACAUCAUAUGGAUCUUGUAUGCUUGAGAGGUUGACAGGAAGCAAAACCGGACGAAUUGAUCACAUGCUUCAGGAUAAGACUUUUGAGCAUUCAUACCUACAAGCCGUCGGAGCACAUACAAACUAUUGGCGGGAUCAUGAUACUGCUCUUUUCAUAUUGAGACACUUGUAUAGAGAUAUACCGGAAGAGCCCAAUUUAUCAGCUGUGCAUAGCGGGGGCAGCCCGAAAUAUCAGAGUAGUUCUGCUGGUUGGUAUGAUCAAAGAGACAGUGUAGAGGAAGAUCUUCCUCUAACUUUCUCUGACAAGGCUAUGGUCAGAAACUUCUCAAGCAAAACUAGGAAGAUUCUGCAUAAGAAAACUGCCUCUAAUUUCUAAAUGCAUGGUUAUUGAUGUACUAGCCACCUAUGGUUGCUCUGCUCUCCAGUUACAUUACACAUACUGAGAUGAGAUCUCCAUGCAUCCGUGCUUGCUUUUAUUACCUGACACGGCAUAACUGAUCAUGUAAUCUAUGUACACUAGAAUGAUUAUACAUCUUAGGUUUGCUUAAUAUGGCAGAGUGGUGAAAUGUUAAGUUACUCCAUUUUCUAUGUACAUAGGUAAGGAAAAUCAUCCCUGUACAUUGUGGUGGAUAGUUUUUCAAUUUGUAACAAGUGUAUAAUCCUAGUGAUAAAAGAAGUAAAUUAAGCUGCA